AUGAAGUUCUCCACCUCCAUCCUCGCCGGCCUCCUCUCCAUCUCAUCGAUGGCCGCCGGCCACAUCGUCGCCUUCGCCCUGCCCAAGCAGUUGGAGUCCGGCCAGAACUUCGCUGCCCGGCUCAUCGACGACGGCAACAUGAGCCGUGAACAUGACAUCUUCGUUACUUUCGGAGCCGUGCCCGCCGAGUACGCCCGCAAAGACAUGCUCGGAGCUGCCUUUCUGGGCCAGAAGAUCCUUUAUCCUCCUGGAAAACUCUCCUCCACCCACGGGCACAACAUCAGCGUCCCUCUCUACGUUCCGGCCAGCUUCCCGAAGGGCAAGGCCGUCGUAAAUGGCGCGCUCUUCUCCCUCCAGCACACCGACGACAGCAACUACAGUCCGUCCAUCUCCUACUUGACCGCCACCGUCGACGUUACCAACGCCAUGCACCUCCUGGGCGCCAGGAGCGUCAUGGACGACAGGGACGACAUGGACGACAGGGACGACAUGGAAAACAUGGACGACGAUGAAGAUGAUGAAGAUGACGACGAUGUUGACGAUGAUGACGAUGAGUAA